UUGUUUGGUUAAAUUAAUUAAUUGAUAUAUUUUUAAUUUAGCUCAUGAAGAGUUUCGUUUACCUGAACUUGAAUCUUUAGCACAAAUUGAAAAUGUAAAAAUAUCAUACAAUAAAGAAGAAUACAAAAAUAAUUGUCCGUUUUUAAUCAUUGAAAUUGAUAAUGAAGAAGAAGCAACUAGGCUUGUUAAAAGAGCAAUUUUAAUAAAGAAUAUAUAUGAAUUAUGGGGAGUGGGAAAAAUUUAUGAAGAUGUUCACACUCAAGUGAAAGCCAAGCCUGAAAGAUGGUAUCGGCAUUUGGAUCGACAUGUUCAUCGGAUUAUCAAAUCAGAAUAAUCGAUUCAUUUGCGUAUUUAGGAUUUAAAGGAGAUAUUGAUCUAAAAAAUCCAGAAGUGACAUUUGGUGUAUUAGAAGAUUAUGGGUUAGAUUCUGUACCGCCACUAGAACCUUUUAUGAUAUAUUUUGGAAGAUUAAUUGCUUCAGGGAACCGCGACCUUAUUCAAACUUUUAAUUUGAAAAAACGAAAGUAUAUAGGAAAUACAUCGAUGGAUGCUGAAUUAUCAUUAAUAAUGGCUAACCAAGCAUUGGCUGUACCGGGUAAAUUGAUUUACGAUCCGUUUGUUGGUACAGGCAGUUUUCUUUUUACUUGUGCACAAUUUGGAUCUUUUACGAUGGGAUCUGAUAUAGAUGGACGGCAAAUUCGUGGGCAAACUGAUAGGUCUGUAAAGUCUAACGUGGAACAAUAUCAUUUACAGGGAAAAGUCUUGGAUACGCUUGUAUUUGAUAUCUGUCAUCAUCCAUGGCGGGAUAAUCUUUGGUUUGAUGCUAUAGUAACAGAUCCUCCAUAUGGUGUUCGAGCAGGAGCGAAAACAUUAGGAAGAAAGAAUCCAACAAAACGACCAUUAACUAUUGAUGGAACACACGAGGGGAAAGAUUACUAUCCACCAACAAAACCAUAUGAAAUGUCUGAAGUAUUGUCUGACCUUUUGGAAUUUGCUGCGAGAUUUUUAGUUCUUGGAGGAAGAUUAGUGUAUUGGUUGCCAACACUAGUAGAUGAAUAUUCAAGUUCAGAUUUACCGGAACAUUCAUCAAUGAGACUUGUAUCAAAUAGUGAACAAAAUUUUGGUCAAUGGUCAAGAAGAUUAGUUACAAUGGAAAAAUUUAAAGAUAAUAUCAUAGGUGAACGUACUAAUAUACAUAACGUAAGGGGGGUAGAUAAUCUUUCUUCUGUAUAUAAGAAAAAUGAUGUUAAUUCUAAUGAAGCAGAAACAACAAAUACAAAAGAAAAGAAAAAACCUGGACAUUAUUUAUUUAGAGAAAAGUAUUUUUCUUCUAAAUCCGAUAAAAAACAAAUUUGGACAAGAAAUAAAGAUCAAAAUCGAGAUGAUGAUACAGACAAUACUACAUAAUAACCUGUAAGCAAAUCUGAAGUUGUUGCUAAUUUUUAUAGCGGUUUAUGAAUUUAAUUGAACUUACGGAUUUUGCAUUUAUUGAUGCUUGUGGUUUUUGGAAGAAAUAAAAUAUUGUGUAUUUUACUCUUAAG